AUGGCCGAGCUCCCUGCGAAGGUGCACCUCACCUCCCACCCCUUUCGCCUGAAGAUCCGUGGGCCCUUGGUUUAUGAGGACGAGAACCAUCGUACGUGGGUGCAUCUCGUCAUAAAGACAAUAGGUGUCCUGCAAGUACGGUUGCGCCAGGAAAACAUUGCCAUUGAGAAUAUCGGACUCAACCCCAUCACGCUGACCUCGAGCAGUAUGCCUUGGAUGUGGACGCUCCACCCUGUAGGCCAGUACGUGGACCCCAUGUACCGGUUCUGGCGCAUCCUGCACCACGUCAAGGAGAAUGGCGUGGAGGAAAUGAUCCUUGAGCUGAUGAAAGACGCAUAG